GUAAUGUUAUUGAUAAUUGCAUUUCUGCUUUAAGGUGCUUUUAGCGUACAAUUUACGUUUUCAUUAAAAUCGAAGGAGUUGAAGUUUUUUGGAGAAAAUAUAGGUUAAAAUAGUUUAAUAGUUGGAGCUUUUUAAGGGAAUUCAAGUGAAUAUUCUCUAAAAAUUAAUGUAAUUAUAGUGAUUAUGAUAGAUACCAACAAAAAAGGUUGAUAAUAUACUCUAAUAUUCUCAUAGCUUAGAAUUAUAAAAGUUUUCAUUUACAACUAAUAACACUUAAUUGAAUUAUCAGUUUUGUGUUCACAAUUUAGCAAAUUCUUGGAUGAGUUUUAAUUUUACUUUGGUAACAGGAAUGGAUGCAUAAGACUUUUCGUUGUUGGCAUAGAAAGAAGAUUUAAAGCCUUUAGAAAUUCAUUUAAAAAAAUUAAAUGGUUUAGUGGAUUCGAUUGAAGUAAUGCAAUUAAAUUAAAAAAUAGCUUGAUUAAAAAGAAAUAGAAGAAAGAUAAUCAAUUAGAUUUUCAAAUGUUUCUAAAAUAUCAUAUAAAAUAAUAUUAUUUAGUUUAAUAACUUUAUUUUUAAUGAUGCUUACAAAUUUUGUAUAAGCUAGAAAAUUAAAACAAUUUUUCAAAUAAAAAAAAUUCAUUUGA